AUGUGUCCAGGGGUGACCGGAAGUACACACGUGAUGAUGUUGAUUCAGAUGCUGCUAAUAAUGAAAGUAUGGUGGCACUGCCAGUGUUCCGUACAGUUCACCAGCACCUCCACAAACCUGCGAAGGGAUCUCCUGACGGACUACGACGUUGAAGUGCGACCUGCCCUAAAGACCCAAGUCUCUUUACAGAUGGUGCUGGUCUCUCUGAACAGUAUUAUAUGGAGGGAUGAAAGGUUAAGCUGGAACCCCAGUGACCACAACGGAACAGACUUUCUGGCUUUGAAAAAGACGGAGGUGUGGACGCCACCCCUUGUCGUGUCCAAUGAAAUGAACAAAGUUGGGCCAAUUGGACAAGAGGGAGUCCCGCUCCGAGUUUUCAGUGAAGGGACAAUGUUGUGGAUUCCUCCAACCAGACUGGAAACAUCGUGUACCAUCGACGUAUCUAACUAUCCAUUUGAUGUCCAAUCUUGCAUCAUCAACAUUACCGGUUGGACCUAUGCAACUGAUGAGCUGGACCUUCAGAUAGACCCAGACAAACCCAUAACCUUAGACCUCUACUCUCACCAUGGAGAAUGGGAACUAACUGACACCUCUGCUUCCCUGAACGACUUCGACGGGGGCUUCGACAAACAAUACCGGGAUAUCCAGUACUCGCUCACUUUCCGACGUCGCUGGCAAUACUAUGGACUGACGCUUAUGCUUCCUCUUAUUCUGAGUUCGUUCCUAAUGGCAGGAGUGUUUGCAGUGCCUGUUGAAUCUGGGGAAAAGAUCGGCUACUCUUUGACUGUUCUGUUGUCCUUCACUGUACUGCUUACGCUGAUCUCGGACAGUCUUCCAGCCAUAUCUACAAGAACCUCAGCUCUGCAGAUCUAUCUGACGUUGUUGAUGAACCUGGGCACACUGAUCACGUUCCUCACGACCCUGGUGCUGUGGUUGUAUUACCGGGGAGACACGAAACCCCUCUCUCAUGGCACUCUACUCCUCUACAGACUCAUGGCGAGAUGUUCCAGUGUUAAACACAAGCGCCGACCCAGAACGGUUCGAGCUCAAGUGACCGUAUCAGACUAUAACGAUAUGUCAAGGUCAACGCGCUCCUUGAAUACACCCAGAAUCCAAACAUGUUGUAAUGACGUGUCGACGGCAUGGAGUGACAAGGGAGGUAGUCCUGUCCAGUUUCAGGGCGGUGGGGUAGCCUAG